AGAGGACAUUUGAUAUACCUGGUUUUUUUUCCAAGUUUCCAGAUGCGCUUGGAUUAGUCAUCACCUCACAGACCAACCACUUUCCUUUUUCUUUUUGCUAGGGAGUGCUCGUUCCACAUUCUAUUUUGAGCUUUCCCCGCAAAAACAGAGCUGUUGGUCGUUUUUUAAGCGAGAUGCACGGCCCAAACAUGGACCCAAUACGCCACGAAACUCCCGAUAACGCAGAUACGUCCGUUUCCGAUGCUCGACUCGUGGAAAAGAAAGCGACGUGGACGCAAGUGCAGCUCCGCCUUGGUCGGUGCACCGAGGUGCCGGGCAGUGAGCUGUAUGGGUGCGCAGAUACUCCCCUCCGCCAAGCUGGUGCGUUCGACGAAAAUUACGUCCAUAAACGAUUCUCACUGGCGGGAUUGGAGGCCGCGUUGAUGGGUUCGCAGGAGACCACCACAGCUGCUGCCGUCGAAGACCCCAGUGGAAAUGACUCUUCGUCUUCUUCGCCCUACUGGACAGCUCUCCGUCGUCAACUGCGGUGGGAUGUUGCGCAGCAAAUUCGGUACGGUGAGCAGCUCCAGCAGCAACAGCAGCAACGUAUAAAAGAGGAGGGAGAAGACAAAGAGCAUUUUGCUGUGCAGUCUCCCUCUUCCCUUUCCUCUUCUUCUGUGUUGCCUGCGUUAACAUGCAUUGGGGGCGUUGACAUCUCCUUCAUUCCCAACACAAACGAUGGCAUCGCCUGCCUCGUCAUUCUCCGCUACCCUUCGUUGGAACUGGUCAAGACCUAUAUGCACCGCUGCACCCUGCGGGAGCCGUACAUCUCCACCUUCCUGGCCUUCCGUGAAAUUGAACCCAUUCGCGAGCUUUUCGAAAAGGUGCGGGACGAGUUGACGGCGAUGCACACGAUGCCGCAGCUACUCGUGGUGGACGGCAACGGUGUUCAUCACCCACGUCGGUGUGGGCUCGCAACCCACCUUGGGGUGACGCUUGACAUCCCCACGAUCGGGUGUUCGAAAAAGGUGCUGCAGAUGGAUGGCAUCAGUCGUGAAGCUGUCGAGGCGGCUUUUCUGAAGGACGCUGUGGUUGACGCUUCGAUGUCUCCCUUGCCCACUUCAACACCGCCGUGCGUGCUGCCUUUGGUCGGCACUUCCUCCCCGGCGCAGCUGUACGGCUACGCGGUGCACAGUCAUUUGAACAGUGUCAAAAAAAGCAUCUUUGUUUCGCCGGGGCACUGCGUGGGAUUCGCGGUGGCCACGGCGCUGAUUGUGACAAUGCUGCGACAUCGCAUACCGGAGCCGGUACGCGCGGCGGACCUCGGCUCCCGCGCCUUCAUACGUGACUCCCUGGCGUCUGCUGUCGCCGCCGAUGCCACCGUAGAACGCACGGAGUUUUGA